CUAAUGCGUCGAAAGCCAUAGCGUCGCGAAUACUUCAUCAAUCAACGUGAUUCAAAUUGGGAACGGUAGCUGAGAUUACGAGCUACAACAUAUCCAAGUUUCGCGACAUUCCAACGGCUAGUGUUUUGUCGACGUCGUUUCUUGUAAAGACGACUUUUCUGUCCAGAAUUUCGGAUUUAUAUUUUGAGUUAUUCUAGCUCCUAAGUUCACCUAGACUCCGUCCUUAAUCCUAACAAGUGGUAUCAGAGCCAUAUUAAGGACAUUGAGAGGAGUCUACAGAAGUGUAAAGACCCUUCUAGACCCACCAUGGCCUGUGGGUGUGCCUAAGUGGUGUUGUAAAGGUUGGAUGUGACUUCCGCUAAGGGGAAACUCUGCCGAAAUUUCGUGGACGCCGAUACUUGAGAAAAUAUCGAGGGAGCUGAGUGUGGACAGCAAAGGGGGAGCUGAAAUUCGUCAUUUCUCAAGGAGGAGAUGAAUGAGAGAGGAGGAGAUGCUAAUGGAAGAGGAGCUGUAGCUGAGAAGGCAAGUGAGCCGCCGCCAUCAAAAGUUGAAGCUUUGGAUGGCUCCAACUAUGAGGAAUGGAGCGGACGGAUGAGGAGUGCCUUCAAACGCUACAAGCUACUGAAGAUUGCUGUUGGGGAAGAGAAGAUGCCGGAAGAAGGCGAAGCACGUGAACGGUGGAUUGAGAAAAGCGCGGUGCUUUUCGACCUCAUCCUUCAAUCGGUCAACAAGGAGAUGUUCGAGCACAUCAAGGAUCUUGUGGAAGCGGAUGAUGCGGGUCCAAGGGCGUGGAAACUACUACGUGAUGUGAUUCAGCCCAACACUCUCCCAAUGGUGAUCGUGCUCGAGAAGGAACUUGCUGCCAUCUCCAUGCGACCAGGGGAUGAUGUGAAGCCGGUCCUUGACAAGAUCAAGGACACCUAUGCAAGGAUGGCAGCAGCAGGCAGCAGUGUAUCUCAGCUGCAGCAGUGCACCAAGAUCAUCUCGGUGUUGGACAACUCUUGGGACAACCUCAUCCCCACCCUCAACUCUCAGCAAGAUCAAUGGACACCUGAGUGGCUAAGGCAGCAGAUUCUGCAGGAGGACUUCCGUAGACGCCAUGUGGGAGGCGGUGCUGCCACUACGACUGCUGAGGGGUAUGGAGCUGUAGGGCGCGGCAGAGGAAGAGGGGGUUGGAGAGGCCGAGGCCGUGGGAGGAGCUUUGGCAGAGGUAGAGGCCGAGGUAAUGCCUAUCCUGGUUUGUUUCUUAUGGUUGAGGAUGUGCAUGGGCAUGAGGGUGAUGUGGGAUUUGUGGGAAAGGUUGUGAUGCACCCUCUCACGCACUGGGUGAUUGAUUCGGGUUGCACCAGUCACAUGACCCCACGGGCAGAUUUGCUUGAUGAGGUUAAGGGAGCUAAUGGGGAGCUUGUGGGGCUUGGGAAUGUUCUGCUGGUUAAAGGCUUGUCUGCUAACCUUCUCUCUGUGCGGCGGCUGCAGAAGAGUAAGGCCGAAGUGACCUUUGGACCAACCAGCUGCCGUGCUAAGCUUGGGAAGAAGGUGCUGUGGAGUCUGGAAGAGGAGACCAGCUGCAUCAAGGACCUGUGGCAGCUGCCCAUCAUCCCUUGGAAUGGGAAGACUCCAACAGCAGCAACGGCAGCAGUGGCAAAGGCAACAGCAGGAGGAGAUGCAACUGCACCAACUGAUGGGGUCCUGGAAGCAGUCAAGAAAGUGCAGAAGCAGCAGACACAUGGUGAGGUGCUUGCUGGUGUGGAUGCGAGUGCGUCAUGGGCUAAGGCUUCAUCAAAGAGUGGAGAGGCCGAUUGGGAGACAUGGCAUGAGAGGCUGUGUCAUGUGAACUUCCCUAUGCUACAGAAGUUGGUGAAGGAUGGGAGCCUGAAGGGCUUGGAGGUGAAAGGGGAAGUGAAGGAGAUUGGGAGCUGCCCUACAUGCUUGGAGACCAAGUUCUCCAAGUUCCCCUUCAACAGUGCAACUGGAUCAGCCAAGACCCCACUUGCACUUUGGAAGGCGAGUGAGGAUGAGGAGUUCGGGUCCCUAAUUGAGAACGAGACAUGGGACCUGUGUGACUUGCCUCCUGGAAAGAAAGCAAUCACUUCCAAGAUGAUCUACAGGCACAAGUAUGGACCUGAAGGGGAGCUGACCCGCUACAAGUCUAGGCUUCUGGAAGCGGCCAAGAGGUUGGUCCGCUAUGUGAGUGCUACGGCAUCAGUGGGAUUGGAGUACAGUGGAGUGAGGCAGCGGUUGCAGAGAGGUGCUGCAUAUGUGAAGAGUGGAGAGAUGCUCUUGAGUUGCUAUACUGACGCUAGCUUCAACUCUGUGAAAGCGGAUGGCACCAGCAUUCGGGGUUAUGUGUGCUUGCUAGGAGGUGGUGCUGUGAGCUGGCGCAGCAAGAAGCAGAAUGAGGUGGGAUUCUCUUCAUGUGAGACUGAAUGUGGUAUGGUGGAUGAUGGUUGGAAGCCAGAGGGGGAGAUUGUUGUGUGAUGUCAUCAUAUGCUAUCACAUUCUGUCUGCCUCCCAUCCCAUGUUUUCAACUUGCAUGUCUGGUUUGAAUGUGCAAGCAUUUGUGUGUGGUGUGUUCUGGAGUUUGGAAAUGUGUUCUGUGUUAUUUUUGUUUGAGCAGGUAUUUGUGAUGAUAGAUCUUGAGAAGAUCUUUCCGACGCAACGAGAAUCCCUUCAAUCGGAGCAAGAACGCGAAAGCUAUGAAGAUUCAAAGUUCAUGAGCUUGCGUUACAAUUGCGGCGGUUACUAAGUGAAGUUGUGGGGUGAAUUUAUAUGGAGUUGGGACCUUUGGGGUUGGGGAAAUUUGUCACUCUACUGUAACAGCUGCAAAUUGGUUG